AUGGCUGGAUUCUUCUCAGGCCUCCUCGGCCGCGCGCCGGCCGCCGAAACCCCGGACACCACCGACUACGACACCACACCGUGCUUCCGCGCGCCCGCAUCCCUAACCGGCCUCGACACACUGCCCGCGCCAACGUCCACAGAGCAAACUGCGCUGGACAACAUCAAGUCCCAGCGCACCGCGCUUCUGGCCGAUCUUCCGGAGGAGCCGUCCGACGGGCGGGCGCGCUUCAACGCAGAGAAAUGGCUGGACGAGCAGCGCAUGCUCAUGUAUGUGCGCGCCAACAAGGGCAAUGGCGAGCUGGCAGCAAAGAAGCUGCGGGCGACGCUCGAGUGGCGGUGCACGUACCGGCCGCACGCUAUCACGCCCGAGGACAUGGAGCUCGAGGGGUCUGUCGGCAAGCAGUACCUGAACGGGUUCGAUAACCAGGGGCACCCGAUCCUGUACAUGUUCCCCCACCGCCAAAACACCAAGGACGCAAAUGAGCAGCUGCGCUGGGUUGUAUUCACCAUGGAGCAGGCGAUCCGCGCCAUGCCCGACAAGGUCACCAAGAUCUCAAUCGUCAUUGACGUCUCGAAAUACUCCAUGUCCCAGUCCGUGCCGCUGUCGACCGCUAGGGAGUUUCUGAAUAUCCUGGAGGGGCAUUAUCCGGAGCGUCUGUACAAGGCGUUUGUGCUGAGCCCGCCCACGCUGUUCGUGAUGUUCUACCACAUCGUUGCGCCCUUUAUUGACCCUGUCACAAAGUCGAAAAUUGCCUUUGUCAAUGUCAACGGCAAGAAGCAGGUGGACGGGAAAGAUGGCCCGUGGGUCAACAUUGACGAGUUCGUUGAUAAAUCCCGGCUUCAGCGAGAGGCAGGCGGCGAGUGGGACUUCAAGUUUGACCGCGAGCACUACUGGCCCGUGCUGGUCAAGGAGUACGAGGAGUUUGUUGCAGCAGAGACAAAAGCGUAG